AUUGCGGCGCUGGGAAACACCGAGCUGUAGCCUUGCGUGUCCGGGCGUUUGGCUGGCUGCUCCGGUCUGCUCCUGUUUGUCACCUGGAGAGGCGAGCGCGCCCGAGGUUGCGUUUGUUACCUGAGCAGUACGGGACGAGCAGUUAGUCCUUCUCUGUGUUUGCUGGAUUUGCUUCCAGCCACUGCUCAUGUAAUGCACUCCCUUAACCAGGAAAUUAAAGCAUUCUCCCGGAAUAAUCUCAGGAAGCAAUGCACAAGGGUGACAACGCUAACUGGAAAAAAAAUUAUAGAAACAUGGAAAGAUGCCAGAAUUCAUGUGGUGGAAGAAGUAGGCCCGAGCAGUGGGGGUGGUUGUGGUUAUGUGCAGGACCUUAGCUUGGACCUGCAUGUUGGCGUUAUUAAGCCAUGGUUGCUCCUGGGGUCACAAGAUGCUGCUCAUGAUCUGGAUACACUGAAAAAGCACAAGGUGACUCAUAUUCUCAAUGUUGCAUAUGGAGUAGAAAAUGCUUUCCUAAGUGACUUUACAUAUAAGAGCGUUUCUAUAUUGGAUCUUCCUGAAACGAAUAUCUUAUCUUAUUUUCCAGAGUGUUUUGAAUUUAUUGAACAAGCAAAAAUGAAGGAUGGCGUGGUUCUUGUUCAUUGUAAUGCGGGAGUUUCCAGGGCGGCUGCAAUUGUAAUAGGCUUCCUAAUGAAUUCUGAAGAAACUUCAUUUACCGAUGCUUUUUCUUUGGUGAAAAAUGCAAGGCCUGCCAUAUGUCCAAAUUCUGGCUUCAUGGAACAGCUUCGUACAUAUCAAGAGGGCAAAGAAAGCAAUAACUGUGACAAAAUGUAGGAAUUAGGAAAAGACAAGAGUUUAUGAGUUGGUUUCUAGCAGAUGAUGGACAACUAAUUUCUGAAUUGGCCUCUGUAGCUACUGUCUUUUCCUUUUUUUGGAGAAUAGACUAACAAGAACUUUUCUUUUCUCAUCCAUUUUUCAAAUAUAGACAGAAGUCAGUCUGAUUUU